GCUAAUCUCCUUGCAAAUUAUAGUCAUAGUUGCAGUUCAUCCAUCAGGCUGGAAAAGACAGGAUUCCCAAGUGGCCUCGGAGCCUUUUCCAGUGCCCAGGAGACCCGCCGACCCUCCGCGCGUGUUGCGUGCGCACAGGGAGUGUUUCCCCGCUAAUCAGGUCAAUGAUUAUCGCCCGGCUCCGGGGACCUGCCAGGAGCCUAUCACAGCAGUUAGGGAGCCACCAAACGCAGCGUGCUGGCGGAGGAUCUCCCGUUAGGAAACAUCGCUUAGUCCUCAUUUACUCACUGGAACCUCUAAGGAUUUCAGCUUAUCUUUUUGUCCUCGUAGACAGUGAGAGGCUCAGCAUAAACAGGGAAAAGACGCACCGCAGGCAGCUACUUGGAGAGUGUUGAUUGAAAACUUGGAUCUCCCCACCCCAUUCACGGUUGAUUUGACUGAUGUCUCACCUCAUUCACAGAGAAUAUUUCAAUUAAGGUCCCUUUAGAUGGGAUGUAAUACAACAGAAGCCUUUUCAUCAAAAGGAUUAAUGCCUGCAUUAUCACUUCUGCAAUAAAAUAGAAAGUCAAGUGGUGGAGGCCACAAACACCUCAAACCUGGAUUCCACAAUUCUACAUUAAGUGCUGGAGUUUUUAUUACUUUGCUGUUGGAAAGCCUUUGCCAAUGCUUACAAGGAACUGCUUAUCCCUGCUUCUCUGGGUCCUGUUUGAUGGAGGUCUCCUAACACCCCUUCAACCACAGCCACGACAGACUUUAGCCACAGAACCGACAGAAAAUGUUAUCCACCUGCCAGGGCGCCGGCCACAUUUCCAACGAGUUAAACGGGGCUGGGUAUGGAAUCAAUUUUUUGUGCUGGAGGAAUACAUGGGCUCCGAGCCUCAAUAUGUGGGAAAGCUCCAUUCUGACUUAGAUAAAGGAGAGGGGACUGUUAAAUACACCCUCUCGGGAGAUGGCGCUGGCACAGUUUUUACCAUUGAUGAAACUACAGGCGACAUCCAUGCAAUCAGGAGCCUGGACAGAGAAGAAAAACCUUUCUACACACUCCGUGCUCAGGCCGUGGACAUAGAAACCAGGAAGCCCCUAGAGCCUGAAUCAGAAUUCAUCAUCAAAGUACAGGAUAUUAAUGAUAAUGAGCCAAAGUUUCUGGAUGGACCCUACGUUGCUAGUGUCCCAGAAAUGUCUCCUGUGGGUGCAUAUGUGCUCCAGGUCAAGGCCACAGACGCGGAUGACCCGACCUAUGGAAACAGUGCCAGAGUCGUUUAUAGCAUUCUUCAGGGACAACCUUAUUUCUCUAUUGAUCCCAAGACAGGUGUUAUUAGAACAGCUUUGCCAAACAUGGACAGGGAAGUCAAAGAACAAUACCAAGUCCUCAUCCAAGCCAAGGAUAUGGGCGGACAACUAGGAGGGUUAGCUGGAACGACAAUUGUCAACAUCACCCUCACGGAUGUCAAUGACAAUCCACCUCGAUUCCCUAAAAGUAUCUUCCAUCUGAAAGUUCCAGAGUCUUCUCCUAUUGGCUCGGCCAUUGGAAGAAUAAGAGCUGUGGAUCCUGAUUUUGGACAAAAUGCAGAAAUCGAAUACAAUAUCGUUCCAGGAGAUGGGGGAAAUUUGUUUGACAUCGUCACAGAUGAGGAUACGCAAGAAGGAGUCAUCAAAUUGAAAAAGCCAUUAGAUUUUGAAACAAAGAAGGCGUAUACUUUCAAAGUAGAGGCCUCCAACGUUCACCUUGACCACAGGUUUCACUCCGCGGGCCCCUUUAAAGACACGGCCACCGUGAAGAUCAGCGUGCUGGAUGUGGAGGAACCCCCGGUGUUCAGCAAACCGCUCUACACCAUGGAGGUUUACGAAGACACUCCAAUUGGGACCAUCAUCGGAGCUGUCACCGCACAAGACCUCGACGUGGGCAGUAGUGCUGUUAGGUACUUCAUAGAUUGGAAGAGUGAUGAGGACAGCUACUUUACAAUAGACGGAACCGAAGGAACCAUCGCCACUAAUGAAUUACUAGACAGAGAAAGCACCGCGCAGUAUAAUUUCUCCAUAAUUGCGAGUAAAGUUAGUAACCCAUUAUUAAGCAGUAAAGUCAACAUAUUGAUUAAUGUCUUAGAUGUCAAUGAAUUUCCUCCAGAAAUAUCUGUGCCGUAUGAGACAGCUGUGUGUGAAAAUGCCAAACCAGGACAGAUAAUUCAGAUAGUCAGCGCUGCAGACCGAGAUCUUUCUCCUGCUGGGCAGCAAUUCUCCUUUAGAUUAUCACCUGAAGCUACCAUCAAACCAAAUUUUACAGUCCGUGACUUCAGAAACAACACAGCUGGAAUUGAAACCCGAAGAAAUGGAUACAGCCGCAGGCAGCAGGAGUUGUAUUUCCUCCCUGUUGUAAUAGAAGACAGCAGCUAUCCUGUGCAGAGCAGUACAAACACAAUGACCAUUCGAGUUUGUAGAUGUGACUCUGAUGGGACCAUCCUGUCUUGUAAUGUGGAAGCAAUUUUUCUACCUGUGGGACUCAGCACUGGGGCUUUGAUUGCAAUCCUACUGUGCAUUGUUAUACUCUUAGCCAUAGUUGUGCUGUAUGUAGCUCUGCGAAGGCAGAAGAAGAAAGACACUUUAAUGACCUCUAAAGAAGACAUCAGAGACAACGUUAUCCAUUACGAUGAUGAAGGAGGUGGGGAGGAGGACACCCAGGCUUUCGACAUUGGUGCUCUGCGAAAUCCAAAAGUGAUUGAGGAUAACAAAAUUCGCAGGGAUAUAAAACCAGACUCUCUCUGUUUACCUCGUCAGAGACCACCGGUGGAAGAUAACACAGACAUACGGGAUUUCAUUAAUCAAAGGCUACAGGAGAAUGAUGUGGACCCAACCGCCCCACCAUACGAUUCAUUGGCAACAUAUGCGUAUGAAGGAAAUGGCUCAGUAGCAGACUCUCUUAGCUCUAUAGACUCUCUCACCACAGAAGCGGACCAGGACUACGACUAUCUGACAGACUGGGGACCCCGUUUUAAAGUCUUGGCAGACAUGUUUGGUGAAGAAGAGAGUUAUAACCCCGAUAAAGUCACUUAGGGCAAAAGUGAAGGAUAAAACACAACCAAAAGGAGACAUUUAAGAAAAAGAAACACAAGUAGAAAUCGCACACACACAUACACACCGGUGUACACAUGUGCACACACACACACACACACACACAUCAGGCUUUAUAGGACACAAUCCUUUGAUUAUCUGGGUUUCUAGCAAGUUGCUAUAUUUAUCAUAUUGUGAGUUUUUUUUUUUUUUUUUCUGCCAACACAAGAUAAAUCCUAUUAUGUGUACUUGCUUGGUUUUGUUUUGUUAUUUUGGAAACACACUGAGACAAGCUCAGGCCUAUUAAAUACGAUUUACUGACAUGACAACUUAGAAUGAAGAUAGCUAUGUGGCAUCACGGUGGAAGAGUGUUAGAUUUUUCUUAAUUCCACUAAAGUGCCUAUUGAAACUCUUAUCAUUUAAAAUGGUGUACAAUACACUCUGCUGUGAUGGCAUUGCAGGAUUCAGAGAUAAUACAGAGGACAGAAAACAGAGACACUAUCUUUAUGUCAAGGAGCAAUAGCGACAUGCUGACUUCCAAUUCCUCUUGAGGAAAAGAGAAGAAUACUUUCUGAACUCCAUCUUCUUAUAUUCAGAGUUUCUUUUUCUCUUUUUUAAACUGUAUGCCAAAACACAUUUGUUUUUCCUACCCUUUCAGAAAAUUGAAAUAAAUGCGAUACUAUCAAAUGCUUUAUGUAAGUCCUGAAUUUUAAGAGCAAUGUUUGAACUUAACAUUAGUUCAUAUUAAAGGUGUUCAGUAAAAUGUUCUUUUUUUUCCAAAAAAAAAAAAAAAACUAAAAAAAAGAAGUUAAAAAAAUCCCUCUUGAUAAAGAGAGGCCUCAGGGCUGAAACUCCACAUUAAAAUAAAUAUUGGUUUUGUCUUCAUACUGUGCUGGUGUGUGGAAAGUUGGUUUUAAAAAAUCACCAGAUUAUGAAAGUCUUCAGUCACAGAUAACAUUUUUAAGUUGUCUCUCCAUGAAAUUUUUUAAGGAAAAAAGUGCCAUUAAUUUAAACAUGGGAAGAAAAAUUCGUUAUAUAACUUCUCAGAGUUUCUUAUAAACUAGUCAUUUUUUUUGUCAGCAAAGACAAUUAAAAUACAUAUACAGGAUGGAUUUAUAGCAUGUCUAAAAAUAUUCAUCAUAUAUUACCAAAC